UCUCAGCCCAUCCCACCUAUCACCAUAGACCUCAGCUCUUUAAUCCCACCCCUCAGCCACUCUCAGCCCAUCCCACCUAUCACCAUAGACCUCAGCUCUUUAAUCCCACCCCUCAGCCACUCUCAGCCCAUCCCACCUAUCACCAUAGACCUCAGCUCUUUAAUCCCACCCCUCAGCCACUCUCAGCCCAUCCCACCUAUCACCAUAGACCUCAGCUCUUUAAUCCCACCCCUCAGACACUCUCAGCCCAUCCCACCCAUCACCAUAGACCACCAUCGUUUGGUUUCCAUGUGCCAUAUAUUUUUCAAUUGUGCUGUGAUGUUUUACAAACAUUUAGAACCUUUCUAGUCAGAGUAUCCACAGAUUGUGAGUUUAAGAUGAAAACCUUUCCUACGAGUAUUAUUCUAUCAUUUAUUGAAUAUGGCUUUUCAUAUCACCCAACACUGUUAUUUGUAAGGUUCAUUUUAAGCGAAUGUUGUAAUGAAGUAACCUACUUAAGUAUUAUCUCUGGUGUCAAACUGACUAGUUAUCUAAAUGACUGUAAUGUAAAUGAAAUAAUCAUAAUGGAUGUGUCAGAGUGGGAUGUAAAGGUACAGUAGCUUCUCUGAUGAGAAAUAUAUGAUGGUGAUUUUCCUGAAUAUUUCAUAUUUCCUGAUCUUCCUUUCUAUUUACAGGAUCCUAUCUGAUGGAGCUGUUGUCAAAGACUGGACUGGAAGAUCAUUAUGAAAACAAGCUGACGUUAAGUACUGUCCUUGAGAUAAAUGCUGAUACUACAUCAGAUGAACCUCUUACCAAUAUGCAGUCACUUCCAGGGGCCUUCCUGAAGAAGUUAAUGAUGGCAAAUCUGAAUGCUAGGAGUGUCAAAUGUAUGUCCACUGAUGCAGAAGUUUCAUUUCCGGGUACAGACCGUUUUGAGAAUCUAAAAAGUGACUCUGCUAACAAUGAUGUCAUUAAUCCACUGGACCUGAUUACUGCCCUGUUUCUGUGCUCAGAUGGUUUCCUGCAGCAGGAGAUGGUCCAGAAAAUGUCCAUGUGUCAGUUUGCUGUUCCUCUUCUGCUGCCCAACUGUGACACAAAACAAAGCACUUUGAUGCUGUGGGCCUUGAGGGACAUAGUGAAGAAGUUUAGACUCUCUACCCAAACAGACACAAAGGCUUUUGUGGAGGAGAGAAUUGUACUCUCUGAUAUUCCCAUGGUGUCCUUUGUUAGAUUAGGUGAGAUUAGAGUGUCAAAGUCUCAGAUCUUGAACAAACUGCUUAGUAACCCUCAGCAGUACCAUGACACAUUUGUUCAUCAUGAUAUGGAAUGUGGCGACAUCCCCCAUAGAAUUUCAGAUGGUCUGGUUGAAAUCAGCUGGUACCUUCCAUGUGGGAACAGAAACAUAGACAUCUUCACUAAGCCUAUGGUGGUGGCCAAUCUCAGAGGAGACAUCAGGUCCUUUGAAACACAGUUCUCCUUUCUGUGUCAAACAUCAGCUGCAGUUUACAUUUUCACUGAUGAUUUCAAGGCAUAUCUCAAUUUGUUGAAAAGCAAAAACACAAAAGCAGAGAUAUUUCUGGUCGUCAACUCUCAAAGAAAAUCAUUCAGAGUAGACACAUUAAAACAAAUGAUCACAAACUGCAGUAUCAGUGACCAAAAUGUGAUUGUCAAGAACAAGAAAAACGAUGCAGAAUUUGUCAAAACCCUGCAAUCAUCUGUUGGUGACAUCAUUGAAAAUAGUCCAGACCGGUUGACAGUGGAAAACAUGACUGACAUAGCUCGUCACAGUGGGAUUCUGGUUGAUGAAGACAGGGAUGACUGUCAGAGUGCCAGGAAGAUGGCAGAUGAAAUCACCAGCAACAUCAGAGAGACAGUCAAAUUUAAAGACAAACAGCUACCCUUACAGGGGCAAGUCUGGAAAGAGCUUUCCCAGUUGGAGAAAGAGAGAUGUAGACUGAGAAAACAAGGGGAUAAAGACAUUGAACACUACAGGAGCUCUCUGAAGAAAAAGGAGGAAGAGCUGAGAAAGAAACAAUAUACAUUUUACAUGUCAGAUGCAAUGAAAAGCUUCAUUUUAGGAUUGUCAGGUUCAGGAGCUGAGCGUUCCUAUUUCCUCAAAUGGAUGCGGAUAAAUCUGGACAAUCUGUCACGUCAGAACCUGUCUGCUUUGAGGGACCAGUACAAAGAUCUUUGCCAAAAUUCUCCUGAGAAAAAAGACGACAUUAAAGAUUUGGAUAAGCAAUUAUCUGACUGUUCCUUGGGUCUUGAACACUUCCUGCGUGAGUUGGGCCAGUUAUAUGAAGCUGCCUGCUCCCUCCCUGAAGACAGCCCUCAAAGGGAACAGAUGGAGAAUCUCCCUGGAUUGUGUGCUCAGAUGCUGUUGGAUGGUUUCCCCAUUGAGCUUGUGGAUGGAGAUGCAUCAAAUAUCCCUCUGAAAUGGAUAUCAGCUGUUCUAACUCGGCUGCAUAAUCUUGUGGACUCUAACAGCAAGAUCCGGGUUGUGACAGUUUUAGGGGACCAAGGUACUGGGAAGUCCACUCUCCUCAACACCAUGUUUGGAGUCCAGUUUGCUGUCAGCAGUGGAAGAUGCACUAGAUGGGCCUUCAUGCUGCUGAUUAAAGUCAACAAAGAACUCAAGGAGGAACUGAAAUGUGACUUCAUCAUGGUGAUUGACACAGAGGGGUUGAAAUCACCAGAGUUGGCUCAACUAGAUGAGAGUCAUGAACAUGACAAUGAACUGGCCACACUGGUGAUAGGACUCAGUGAUGUCACUAUCAUCAACAUGGCCAUGGAGAACAACACAGAGAUGAAAGACAUUCUGCAGAUUGUUGUUCAUGCUUUUAUCAGGAUGAAGGAAGUGGGGAAGAAGCCGAUAUGUCAUUUUGUGCACCAGAAUUUGUCAGACAUGUCUGCUCAUGACAACAACAUGAGAGAGCGGAAGAAGUUGUUGGAACAGUUGAAUGAAAUGACCCAGGCAGCAGCCAGAAUGGAGAAGAAGGAGAAUAUCACCAAGUUCACUGAUGUGAUGGAGUAUGAUCCAGACACAAGCAGCUGCUACAUCCCAGGACUCUGGCAUGGGACUCCCCCUAUGGCUCCAGUCAAUGCUGGCUACAGUGAGGCUGUGUAUGAUUUUAAAAAGAGCUUGAUGCAAGACUUAAUCACAUGCCAGAGUAAUGAUGACAUGACACAUUUCCUGAAGUGGACAGAAAGCUUGUGGGAGUCUGUCAAAUUGGAGAAAUGAAUUGUAAGUGUCAAACAGCUUGGUUGCAGAUGCACACACCAGUUAAUGCUUUAAGUACAAUGGUUGGAACGGUCCUUCAAGAAGGACAUUUAUUCCUGGAUAAUGGGUGCUGAAAGCAGAAUGUAAAACAGAUCCAAACCCCCAAAUGAGCAUAUGAAACGUGCUGAAGGACUUGUCCUGUCAUCCCAAUGGUGGAAGCAGUUUAUUACGGUCACUAGGACAGCAGAACCCCUGCCCAUCAGGUUCUACGUGUUCUAAGUUACCAGUUAGAAUAGUAGAAUACACAAGGUGCCAUUUAGAAAUGUGGUUUUAUAUCAGCAGUUUUUCUCUUGUUAUGUAAGUCACUGACAGUCAGUCAUUUAGCCCAUGUCAGCAAAACAAAGAUUGCUAAGUUAGUUUAGCGGCCAGCUAUCUAAACUAUUAUGGUUGAAUUACCUGCUGGGGUCUCCUAUUGAUUUUGUCAGUCUAACGCCGAUAUUAUAAUUUUAAAAAUGUAAUUAAAAAAUGAUAUUAUAUUAAAUCAAAUGUAUUUAUAAAGCUCUUUUACAUCGGCAGAUAAUUAUACACAAACCCAGCCUAAAAGCCCAAACAGCAAGCAAUGCAGACGUAGAGUCACGGUGGCUAGAACAAACUCCCUAGAAAGGCAGGAACCUAGGAAGAAACCUAGAGAGGAACCAGGCUCUGAGGGGUGGCCAGUCCUCUUCUGGCUGUGCCGGGUGGAGAUUAUAAUCAUACUGUUGACUACUAGUUGACUUGGACUGGAGUAUGAAGACAAAUCUCAACAUUAGAAAAAAUAUAUUCAUAUAAUUUGUAUAAACAGCUGGAUUAAAAUUAAAUGAAGAUUAUGCUCAUUGGGAUGAAACAAGGAUAUAUAUUUACAAGAGGGAAGUGUAACUAAUUAUUAAAGAAAGGUCAUUUUGUUUGUUUGAGCUUCGAUAUUGUAUGUUAUCUUUGGUUUGAUUUAGUUUUAUCUUGUAUAUCAUUCAUGCAGUCUUUGAAGGACUAACCCAGUGAUGGACUAAAGGGAUCCAUAGAUCAGUGCAGACUGUACAUACUGUGAUUGUAAAUAUUGUCCAUUAGAUUUACAUCCAUAGAGAUGUGAUUCUAUAUGUAAUGCUAUGUUUUACACCUUUACAAAAAGCCUCUAAAACAGAUACAUACAUACUUGUUUAAGGCUUUUGUAUGUUUGUAAGCAGAGAACAUCUUAGUCCUCAUCUUAUGAAAGGAAGUUGCAUUAAGGGCUACUUUAGUUGCAUGCAUGUUAAAAUAUUCAUUUCCGUCAUGUAACAAGUUAAUUAUUCCAUUGUUUGUUUAUUUGUCUGAGAUUUGUCAAAUGUAAAGAAUGUAUACACAUCUGAUUUCAUUAAAAAAUAUCUGCAUUAUUUUACUUUAGAAAAAUGCAUAACCAAUGAUUCAUCACCUACUUAAUGAACAUCAACAUUUAUCAUUGAAAUAUUUUUUAUAUAUCUAAUUUCAAAAUCCCAGCAUUAUUUUAUUGUAGAAAAAUCCAUGUAUCAUAUCCUAUGAUUAUCCUAUGAUUAAUCUACUUAUCAUCAUACUAACAACAAUGUAUACCACUUAUCAUUGAAAUAUUUUUUAUAUAUCUAAUUUCAAAAUCCCAGCAUUAUUUUAUUGUAGAAAAAUCCAUGUAUCAUAUCCUAUGAUUAAUCUACUUAUCAUCAUACUAACAACAAUGUAUACCACUUAUCAUUGAAGGACUUUUUAAAUAAAAACUGUUCAUUGAGA